AAUUUUUUUUUUUAAGUUUUUAAUAAAACAUUAUUUUAUUAAAAAUAAUUUUAUUCCAUUUUACUCAAUUAUUUUCGUUUGGGGAGGUUUAAAUACGCAAAUCUGUGUGCACAACUUAACAAAACAACUUAUUAAAAAUAAAAUUUUAUAUAAUCUUACUCACAAUAAUAUUCUCUACAACAUAAUCUAAAUAUAUUUGCAAACAAAUUAUUUAAUAAUUAAGAACGAAAGAAUAAACAUUGUCAUAACUAUUUCAUUCUACUCGCUAUUUUAUUUUACCCUGUUUUACUCUGUAUGUUAGUGACUGUUAUAUUAUAAAUGUAAUGUAACUGAUAUAAAUGUAAAUAAUUGUAAGAUUAUAACAUACAUAUAUAUUUAUGUAAGUGUCUGUGACUGGGUCAUUUGUUAAAAAAUUUUUGUUAUCGUAACUUUUAGCAAAAAAAAACAAUGAGUUUGUACCCAGGACAAGAAGGGUCAACCGACUUCUUCCUUUUUUGGUUCUUAGGACUGAAAGAGUUCCUAGAGCCUGUUUACUUUAGCUCUACAGUUAUGAGACCAAUAUCUCUUCAUAAGAGAAUGUGGCUGAGGAAAGGUGAUGUUGUAACUUUAAAAGUCAAUGACAUCAACUAUGAAGUCAAGCUUUAUGCUAGGGGUUCUGAGAAAGAUUUAAAAGCCAAAAUGAAAGAUUUGGAAAAGUAUGCGAGUGAUGGUGUUUCUACGGACACCAUAUUUAAAGAUGACAGUGCCAAGCUCGUUACUUCUAAAAGUCUCCAUACUUCUAAAACAUCUCCUGUCAUCAAUGUCUCCAAAACAUCUCCUAGGCAAUCAUCUGCUGAUUCUGAUGAAGAUCAAGAUUGGGGUUUAUCUGCAGACUCCUUAGCUAGAGUCAAUAAAGAAAAUUCACUUCUUGGAGAUUUAGAAAUGCAAUUUGGUUUAACCACAGGCAUGUUAUUAUUUCCUAUAGUAUAUUUUAUAUAACUUUUAACUAUCUAU